GCAGGAGGAGGAGGAGGAGGAAGAGAAGGAGGAGGAGGCAGCAUCCGUUUUCCUAACGCAUGGCUCCAAUGAAAACUCAGUAGGGGACAUCCGAUACCAUUAUUGUUCCUCAGAAGAAGUUAACGGACCUUAAACCUCGUCCUGGUCUUACUUCAAAUGAAUGUCAUGUCUUCGUGUUAGGUUCUAGUUUCAGUUUGUGGCUCUGUGUAAAGGCCAGUGAAAGGAAAACUCUCAGCAAUCCUAACUUGACCGAGUUUUCCAGCAUCGUUUAUGGCAUGACGUAAUUUGGCACACUUUUAUGCGCUUCAUCCGCUCAGUCUUGGAGGUCGCAUGCGUUUUUGCGCGUCACCAAGCGGCGGACAGGCUACACUGCAAGAAGUCCACGUCCAACUUUUUGAUUUCUAUCCCACUUCUGUUUCUGUUGCAAAUCCACCCGCUUUCCAUAGGUUGUGUUUUCUACUGCAGUCUCAGCAGAAAUCACCCUUUGCCUCCACUGGGUGGCAGACUUGUGUUUUCCGUCUUUGUUUCUCCAGGACUUUGCGGGGCUGACUCAGUGUGGUCACUUCUUGCAGCGUUAACAGCACAAGGCUACGUCACCGGACUUGACAACUCCCCCAUCUCUCCCACUGCUGACUUUGCCUCCCUGUUGGACUUCACCAUCCAGAGUUUGGGAAGAACCGGAUCACGGUUUUGUGGAUCAGAAGCGCCACCAUGAUGACCGGGUUUAGGCUCAACUUGUCGCCACUGAAGGAGCCGCUGGGCUUCGUUAAGCUGGUGGAGUGGCUGACGGCCAUAUUUUCUUUCGGGAGUUGUGGCGGUUUCUCCGGCACGAACAUCGUUUCCAUCUUCUGCAGCGACGGCAGUAACCAAACGCUCAACGCUAACUAUCACUAUCCAUUCAGGUUAAGCCAAGUCCCACUGAUUGAGGGAAACACAACUAUUUGUAACCACUCGCUCACUACGACGUUCAUGGUGGGAGACGCGACCUCUGCAUCGGAGUUCUUUGUGGGCGUGGCCGUUGUCUGCUUCCUCUACAGCAUGGUGGCGCUGUUGGUUUAUCUCGGCUACAUGCACGUCUACAAGGACUCUGACUUUGGUCCCAUUUUUGAUUUUGUGCUGACGUCCAUCCUGGUCUUCCUGUGGCUGGUCUGCUCUUCAGCCUGGGCGAAGGGUCUGCAGAACGUGAAGGACGCCACGGGCAGUCAAGGCAUCAGGGCAGCUCUGGAUGUCUGUCAGGGAGGAAACACCACCUGCAAGGUCACGGAGUUCGCCGUCAUGAGAGGCCUCAACUUCUCUGUGAUCUUCGGCUACCUCAACAUGUUCAUCUGGGCUGGAAACGCUUGGUUUGUUUACAAGGAGACUCGCUGGCACUCAAAGAAGUUCUCCUCUUCGUCUGCCCAGGGCAGACAGCAGGUCCCUGCCUCCAUCUAACGUACGCAGGACACAUGCCCAAAUAUGUAACGUUGUACACAAAAGUACUCACCAGACACGACAUUUGACGUCAAUGCAGCGUUUAGCUGCAGCUAAUCUCACUCAUGCUGUAUGCAUGUAAGUGCAUAGGUGCAGCAGGUACACUACAAACUCAGUCACACAUUUACAAACAGCUUUUUAUGAACGAUGAAGAAGAAGGUGAUGAAGGAUACAUUUUCAGGUGAUCAUUUAAAAAAAAAAAAACAACUUCAUGACACGUAAUUUCUUGCACAAUUUAUAACAGAAGUAAAGCAUUAAAAUGCAAAAACGUCAUACCCCAAAGUAUUUCUCUGGAGGUCUUUUUAAAAUUAAUAAUAGCACAAAUAUCCACAGUAAGCAUAAAGUGCUUCUACUCAGGGCUUAAGGAGCUGAACUUGGAUAGUUUAGUUGAAAAAAAAAA